GCAUGCCACGAAAAAGAGAUAGCAACUCAGUUAUGAAGCCUAGAAAGCAUUCAAACAGGCUGAAUGUUUCUCUCAUAUUCAGUUCGGGCGAUACUGAUGACUUCAAAUCAGAGCAGGAUUUCAGCGAUGCUCUGAGCUCGUGUAGCCGCAGCACUGCUAACACAGACACUCUCCGCUCCGGAGUAUCCUACAUCUCAGAGGGCCCCUACAGUCCCUCACUCCCACCCACCCCCACAACCCCUCGUACCCAAGCUUGGGAUACACGGUGUUCCAGUGACCGUAGUGAGAGUAUCUACGACUCUCUGAUCCCAAGGAAGGAGUCAAUCAGCGAGAUUAGUAUCAUUAGCGCGUCAAGUGAUAACAGUUCCCUGUUCCUAAAGAACCCCAGUGAUCUAGAUCCAACUACUCCCACUAAUUUGCAUACCCAGCAUAAACCAGCUCUGGAUUGGGAAACUACUGAAAACAUGAAACUUAAAAUGAAGAACAAGAAUAAAAACACCCCCGAGGUUAUGAAGCCUCAGAGGAUUGAGCAACCCACUGACCAAUCCGAGUCCCCAUUCUCCAAACUCCAACGAGCGAGCAUGAAAAAGCGGAAGAACCGCAAGAACAGCGAGGAUCUGACAGUAAUGACCCCGCGGAGAGACCAUCUGAACAGUAGUCCUGGUGACACACCCCCAGGUAGCAGACACAACUCCCUCUCAAGGAGUGACGAACUGAUAACUCCCUGUAAAACUAGAACCAACUCCGGAUCUAGCCGGAACUCUGAGGAGUUCAAGUCCCGGACCCUGCCCCGGAGGAUGCCCGACAAUAUGAAAGUUGAGCAGCCUAAGGUUCUCCGGAGUACUUCCGAGAUGCCAACCGCUCCUCCAAGGACUGUUUCUAGAACCUCUUCAUCAAGAACCUCUUCUUCAGACUCCAAGACCAGAACUUUGGAGAGACCUGGCAAACAGAGCCGACAAAGUAGACCUAACUCUAUUAUGGAAACUUCAACUAAUCCUGUUCCUAUUAUAAAUGUUCCUAACGGUGAUAAGCAUGACAGAAAGAGCUCAAUAGAUGCGCCACCUUCUCCUCGUGGUACCCUUAAGAGAAACGGUACUCUUAAGAAGAAGAAAAAGGUACAAAAAGAGGAAACACCAAAGAAGAAGAAAGCAGAAUCUUUAGAGAAUUUAAAGAAAGAUGGAACUCCUAAGAAAACGAAAUCAGAAACUUUAGCAAAAUUGAAGAAACUAACUCCUAAAAAGUUGAAAUCAGCAUCUUUGGAGAAUCUGAAAAAAGACGGGACUCUUAAAAAGCAGAAAUCAGAAUCUAUUGAGAAUUUGAAAAAAGAUGAGGCUCUUAAAAAGCAGACUUCAGAAUCUAUUGAGAAUUUGAAAGAAAAGGAGCCCGCAAAGAAAGAGGAACGUGUCAGACUAGAAGCACUUUUAGCAAAGAAACAAGAAUUAUUAGAGAGAGAACCUGAAAAGAAAGAAGAGCUUCCAUUAAUAAUGAAGCCCAACUUUAAUGUGGAAAAUGAGAAGGAGAAUGAUAUAAACCUAGUUAAUGAGCAAAUACCGGAUAGGAGAGAAGAUGAGGAGGAAGAGGAGGAGGUCGCACAUUUCAUUAAGAGAUGUGACUCUAAAGUUAUCUACAAUGAUUUCGAGGAGAUGGAGGCUCUGUUGAUGGAGCAGGAGAGACUGGUGGACAACCUGGAGCAGGAGAGACAGGAGAAGGAAGAGUUGGAGAGGAUUAAGACAGAGCAGGAGAAACAGCAGGUGGAGAUGCAGGACACUAUCAAGAUACUGGAGGAGGAGAUUGUUACUGUUGACUGUCAGAUGGUUAAACUAAGCAUGAAGGUAGCAGACGAGGAUCAGUACGAUGAACUUGAGGAUCAGAAGAGGUCGCUCCACGCCAAGCUGAUACAAGAGAGAGGGAAGGUCAGACAAAUGGACGAUCUCAUAUCCUUGUCCGGGAUGAGUGUGUACUCAGAAAACGGACUCAUGCUUAACCAGGAUAUAAGCGACUACAGUAAGCGCGAGCUACUAGACCAGAUCAAGAAUCUAAAGAAAGAGAAGACAGAGUUGGAGACUACAAUCAAACAGUUCCGUUGUGACGGAGCCAACGAGAAGAGGAAACAGGACAAAGUCAUCAAGGAUCUGAUGACGCAGAUAAGGGGCUUCCAUAACGUUCCUGUAAAGAGACAGGACUCUUCAGGUCUGCAAGAAACGAUGGCAAUGAUAACAGAUCUACGUUCUCAGUUGGAACAGAUGAAAUCUCAGAAUCUUUCCCAGACCAAACUGAUAGAGAGAUUGGUGACAGAACGAAACCAGCACUUAGUGGAGAUGGCUAGAUUGAAGGGAAAUGUGGAGGAGUCGAUCCAUCUGAAAGAAGAGGUGUCAUAGUAAUUUAAGGUGUUACAGCAACUACAAUCGCCGUUAUAGCAACUGCACUCUAUGUUAUAGCAACUAUAGCAACUACUUCACUCGAUGAUUUGCCGUGUUUCUUAGCUGAUGCUCACAGUUUGACAAGAGAUGUUGCUUGUAACCUGCAAAUUGAAGGACAUUCGUGAGUCUCAAUGAUAACUCUCGUAUCGUCGAUCUCUUUUGCCGCAGACUAGCAUGCGGACAAACUGAGCUGAAUUGCCUAACUUCAAAUAUGUCUGCUGUUGAAUUGUAGACACGAAUUCCACAGUUAUUGAUUAGAAAGAUAAAGGCAAAGAAACCUGUCAACAAUUUCCUGUUGUUGAAAAAGAAGCUCUAUUUAUACGAUUGUCUACUUUUAAAAGUGUGACUGUUUGCCACCUCGAAUCAGAAAACAGACGAUGAAUUAGUUUUGAAGACUAACAUGCUAUUAUGGACGGAAAUAGUAAUUCGUCUGGAGGAAGCCGAUAACAGGAGAUCAUACGAUAUUGCUUCGCAUGAAAAAUAAUAACCGAAUUGUUGAUUGGGGCCAAAAAGUUCACGUUUCUCCAGAUUUGAUCGAAUCUUUAAAAUUUUCAUGUUGGAAUAAUUCCAGCUGACCUUCCAUAAUUUUGUCUUCAAAUGAAAUGAUAAAAUCAUUUGCAAUCAACAAUGCUGAUUUAGUUAUAGCUGGGCAACUGUUUUGCUGUUUUUCAAUCAUAAUUAACGUCAAAUUUGCUCCGUAAUUAACAAAUUAUAAAUGAGUAAAAUAAUGCUUUGAAAUUUAAAUAAUAUUGAUUAUUCUUUUCCGCGAGUUCCCGUAAUCAGUAUUUGUCCAUAAAUUAAGUUUUAUAGAUUCUGCUUUUUGUAAAAUGUAAAUACAGUGAUAUUUUAUAAGAUUCAAUUUUAUUUGUUUUUAAGUUUAUUUUAUUAUCAGA